AUGUCUAGCGGUACUACCACCAAACAAACAGAAUUUUGGGGUUCCAACACCACUGUAGCGCUUCUCCUUCCCCAUCUUACCUGCAAAUGGAGUUCGCAGGAUAUUGUUCAACCUAAUUCUUCUAGCGUGACCAAGAAAUACUCAAUUCCACUCAACAAGUGUCUGUUGAAAGAUCUGCUGUAUUGCGUAAGUGUGGUCUACGGUGUUCCAUUUGCUGAUUGUGUUCAUGGCAGUCAAGAGCAUGCUAUUACUCUUUAUGCACGAGUGUACAUUGCAAGCGAAGGUGUUCUGUCUGAAGCUGCUACUAACGCACUCCAUAAGAAGAUCAAAGAUAUUCUUUCCAAUUCUAGCAUGGACGUCGCUGACCUUGAAAAGGUUACGGGGAUGUUGUAUGAUCAAGACAAAAACCAAGAACCAAUCGAAGGGGCCAGACAGGCAGAACUACGGAAGAUGCUGAUUGAGAAUAUCGGUGAGUAUAAUCAGGAUUUCAAGCAGUUUUCCUUCAUCCCCAAGAAACUGAUCGAAGAGGUUGAUUUACAUCUACUUUUGACAGCUCAACCUGGAAAUUUCUGCGAGCCAAGGACGUCUCAGACAGCUGGUGAUGACUCGGAAGAACUCCCUGAAGUAUAUUCUUCUCUAAAAACGGUUGGACGCAAGAUUUGGAGCCUUUUGGUAUCACCUCAUUGA